CAGCCUGAACUGCACAGAGUGGAGCCUCUUGCCCCCUGCCACAGAGGAGAUGGCGACGCAGACGGCGGUGGUGAGUGGCCGCUUCAUGGGUGACCCCUCACACGAGUACGAGCACACCGAGAUCCAGAAGGUGAACGAGGGGGAGAAGGUCUUCGAUGAAGAAGUGGUGGUCCAAAUCAAGGAAGAGACCCGCUUGGUGUCAAUCAUUGACCAGAUUGACAAAGCUGUAGCCAUCAUCCCCCGAGGUGCCCUCUUCAAGACUCCUUUCGGGGUCACCCACGUCAACCGGACCUUUGAAGGCCUGCCCUUGUCUGAGAUCAGGAAGCUCAGCUCCUACUUCCACUUCAGGGAGGCUAUUGAUCUGAAGAACAAGACCUUGCUCGAGAAGGCAGACUUGAACCCCUCUCUGGAUUUCAUGGACUCCCUGGAGUAUGACAUCCCCAAAGGGUCUUGGAGUAUCCAGAUGGAGAGGGGCAACGCGCUGGUGGUGCUGCGCAGCCUGCUCUGGCCGGGCCUCACCUUCUACCACGCUCCCCGCAGCAAGAACUAUGGCUACAUUUACGUGGGCACGGGUGAGAAGAAUAUGGACUUACCCUUCAUGCUAUAGGAGGGGAAGUCUAAACAUUAUUUCCAUAAAGUUGGACAUACUUGG